AUGGGCCUCGGACAGCUGAAGGACGCCGCGCUCAGGGAGCGUCGCCAUCGUCUUCUUGGCGCGGACAUGGUGGCGGCGGUGAGGCGUCCAAGUCGUGCCCAGCUCGGUGUGCUCGUCGACGGAGAACGGCAAACACAUAGCCACCUUGCUGCCACUGUUGCAAGUGAAGAAAAAAGAGGAUUGGAGACACUGAUGAUGGGUCGCCCCACAAAUCCUCUGCAUACCUCGCCAACAGUAGCGGGGAAAUUCACGAUGGAGUCCCCGUGCAAGCUCGGCAACAUGUUAGAUGCGAGCCCGAUUCACCAUUCCUGCGGGAUGCACGACCCAGUGAAGGUCGAGGGACUCCUCUGCUCCAAUGCCCCUUCUGAGAUCCGUCCUCAUGCCCAGCUCACUGGUGCGGCACUCAUCCAUGGAGAACGGCGAACCCAUCGCCGCGCUGCCACCACAACGAGUGGAGAAGUAGUCGGGCUGCAACAAGUGAAGCAGCAAUCGGGCCGGAGACGCUGUCCUGGGCCAGCGGAGGAGGACUUUCUUCUUCAGGUUGAGGGACCUUUCUGCUCCAAUGUUGGUUCCGAGAGUCGUCGUCCUCAUGCCCAGCGCAGCGGUGCGGCACCCGUUGAUGGAGGAUGCCAGACCCAUCACCGCGCUGUCACUGCAACGAGCCAAGAAACAAGAGGGCCGGAGACUCUCAUGACUGGUUUCAGCACAAGUGCACUGCGUUCCUCGUCAGCAGUAGCAGGGAUAGGGAAGACCAUGAUUGCACCAAGUGAAGAUGCAGACGGGCUGGAGACUCUGAUCCCUAGCCAGGAUAGUGAUUCUGAUGGUAAUGAUAGCAUGAUGAUGCCUAUUUUCGUGAGGCAUGGUUCUGGGGAGUUGACCUUAUCUAUCAGGAUGGAUCAGUCUAUCAAUGACUUGAUGCAACUCUAUGCACAGAAGACAAAGACAAAACUGGACAGUCAGUACUUUGUGUAUGAGAGGAAAAGACUUGAGGCUCGUCAUAGUUGGUUGUCAUAUGGCUUAAAGAGGGACACUACGAUGACCAGACUAGGAUGUGAGUUUCUUUCGUCAUGGAUAAACUGCUUUACAACAGCAUUUAUUGCAGGCAGAAGUUGGAAUGGUGAGUUUGAGUUAGUAGACUUUAUAUUUACUCAAGGCCACGUCCGCUCAAAAACCAAACCAUCGAGACACACUAAAAAACCUGGUUCACUGGCAGCUGAUAUCACUAAGUUUGUUAGGGAAGUGGAAAGCAUCCUUCUAUUCAGUGACAUACAAAAUGUUGUCUCAAAGCAUCCACCAUACGUAGAAGCUUGUCUGAGGAUUUUGGGUGGUCUUGUGGCACCUGGUGUAACAGGACCUUUAGCUGCUGUAACCGGUCCCUUGCCAAAUGAGUACAAGCUACUUCUUGACACACUUGUAUGUUGUAUGACAAGCUAUGCCAGAGAAAGACUGAUUAUUGAGUUAUUCCGCAAGUAUGAAGGUGCGGAUAAAAAUGAAGCUUCACUCUGGAAAAGUGCAAUAAAUGCUGCGACUUGCCCACCUACAUGGCGCGCAGAUCUCUCCACGAGUGCAAUGUUCAAUGAUUUUAUUCAGAAAAAAAUCAGCGCGGGCAAACCAUAUCCAAAAGACAAAACUGGCGCAUUUACCCUUUUGAGAGAUGUGGUUAUGCAUGCUGCAGAUUGUAGUGAAAAUGCUAAUGCACCAGAGUUAGGUGAUGGCAUUGAAUUGAUGAUACCUGUUAAUAAACAUUUAAAUGAGUUUCUUCCUUGCAUCAUCAAAAACCUAAUCGAGAAGAAAAUUGAUCUCAGCGCAGAGUCUGGUUCAACAGCCUGCUUUUGUUUAGAUCUGUGGUCCUCCCCUGAUCUAGGCUACCUCAAUGCAAGGUUCUGUGGAUCCGAAGGUACUCGUUACAAGAGCGCAUGGGUUCUGUCCAUGGAUUGA